AUGGCCACCCCCAAGAUGGAAGAGACCAGCACGCUCGGUCGCCAGCUGUCGGCUGCAAACGAAGAAGCGUGGCUGUCGCUCGGCCGCAUUGCUGAGAUGAUGGGCGACGACGAGAACACGAUGCUGGCGUACGAGAAAGUGUUGUCGCACAACCGGCUGAACGCCACGGCGCUCUUUGCCAUUGGCUGUUGCUAUGAGAAGGUCGAGGACUAUACAAAGGCCGCCGACUGUUUCCGCGGCCUCGUGUCGCUGAACGAGCAGAACUCGGACGCGUGGGGCCAUCUUGGCUACUGCUGCCUCAUGAUGAACGACCUCACGAGCGCCCACACGGCGUAUCAGUACGCCAUGUACAACAAUCCGAUGAGUCAGAAGGAUCCUAACAUGUGGUACGGCAUUGGCCAGCUCUAUGAGCGUCUGGGCUCGCUCGAGCACGCCCAGGAGUCGUUUGAAGCUGUGCUUCGCUUUGAACCGAACUUUAACAUGGCACUGGAAGUGAAGUUCCGUCUGGGGAUCAUUGCCAAGCAGCGGGGCGACUAUGAAGGCGCGUUGGAUCGACUCAAGUCGGUGCUCCAUGACGUGCAGGCGAACGUCCAGACCACUGAGAUGGCCAGUGAUAUCUGGACGCAGAUUGGACACGUGUACGAGCUCAAGGACGAGAUUCAGCUGGCCAAGUCGAGUUACCUCAAGGUGGCUGAGCUGAACCCGAACAAUGCCAAACCGCUGCAACAGCUCGGCUGGUUGUGUCUCAAGCACAGUGAACAUCCACCUGCAAUUGACUUUCUGAAGAAGGCUGUUGCUAUUGAUCCACAAGAUGGCAAGGGAUGGUAUCUUUUGGGACGAUGUUAUAUGGCGGUGCAGGAGUUUGAAGAGGCUUAUGACUCGUAUAAACACGCCGUGACGACGGACUCGCAGAACCCGAACGUGUGGUGCUCGCUUGGUGUGCUCUUUUACCAGCUGAACCAGCAUUUGGAUGCGCUCGAUGCGUACUCGCGCGCGAUUAAUAUCAACCCAAACAUCUGUGAGGUCUGGUAUAAUGUUGGAACACUUUACGACACGUGCAACCAGACUAGCGAUGCUCGCGAUGCUUACCAAAAAGCUGCAGAGCUUGGGGCAGAUGCGCAGUUCAUUCGGGAGCGGCUGGAGCUGUUACGUGCCCGGGAAACUGGUCAGUCGACCAAUGGCAUGGCAGGUGCCAACACCGCUCCUGGCCCUUCCGAGCCGCCGACUACGUCUCCUAUGCCGACUUUUUCUUCACGACCUACGGCAGAGUCUCAGUACCAGGCACAGCAACAAGGAACGUCUGCUCAAUCUAAUGGUGCCGCAUCGGUAAGCCAAGGUGCACCAAUGGCGCACAUGUUGCGUGGAGGCGAGGUCCCUAUGAGCAUGAGCAUGGGCAGUGCCCCGACCUCAAACCCUAUGAGUGCCAGCGGCCCUGAGUCAAGCAGCAGUGUCGCACGUGGAGUACCUGUGGGUAGUGCCGGUAUGAACAUGAUGCGUGGCAUGGGACGUAGUGCCCCGUUAAACGGUGGUGGCAUGAUGCCUCGUGGCGUUGGCGUCAUGGGCGGGAUGGUGCCGGGCAUGCAGCACGCACCCCAGGCUCAGCAGAUGCAAUCGCAGCACCCUCAGGCCCAGGCACAUGCCCAGGCUCAAGCGCAUGCUCAUGCACAAGCUCAGGCACAGGCGGCUCAAGCGCAGGCUCACCAUCACGCGCAGAUGCAAGCGCAGAUGCAGGCGCAGCAGCAACACGCGCAAGCGGUGCAUAUGCAGCAAGACGGUCGUCGGGGGAUGCCCGGUCGGCCCAUGAAGGACGAGAGCAAGAUCGGGGGAAUGCGCUACGCCAUGGAUGGGGGUGACCGUAAACUGCAGGCCCCGCCGCAGCGCCUUGCUGGAUUGAAUCCAAAGAAUUUGGGUGGACCCGCUGGCAUUUCGCAGGGCGGGCGUCGCGACCGCUUUCCGAUUCCUAUGAGUGAUCCGAAGCAGCACCAGCAUCCAUCGCUCCAGCCGCCCCCUGGCCGACGGUGA